UAGAGUGUUUUCCCUAUAUAAACUCAACCUUCACUUAUUUCUGGCAGUCUCAAGAAGUCUCUUGUUUCUCAAACCUCUCUCUCUCUCCCUCUCACAUAUCUACACUGAAAAUGAGUGGCUUUAGUUUUAGAAGACUCUCAUUCAUGCUCUGCAUUGCUUUUCUAGUAUGGUGUUCAAGUCUUGAUGCUUGCAUGGCUAGGAGAGGCAAGCAUUGGAGGCAAAACAGAGCUACCUCUGCUUCUCUGUAUAAGAAGAAAGGGAAAUCUCAUGGCAGCAGCCACCACAACCACAAUGGAGGAUCAAAACCAAAAACAAAACCAAAAAUUCCAUCACAUAAAGCACCAUUGCCUCCUCCUCCUUCACCGCCACCAAAAGAAGACGCGCCGCCAUCAAGCUCACCAACCAAAGGCUCUGCAACCUUUAAUGUGCUUGACUUUGGAGCUAAGGGAGAUGGAAAGAGUGAUGAUACAAAGGCAUUCCAAUCCGCAUGGGCAGCUGCUUGUAAGGUGGAGGCAUCAACGGUGCUCGUUCCAUCAAAAUAUGUAUUCCUUGUGGGACCUGUUUCUUUCUCUGGUCCAUACUGUCAAGCAAACAUUGUAUUUCAGCUGGAUGGCACAAUGGUUGCUCCAACAAACUCCAAUAUCUGGGGCAAAGGUCUUCUGUGGUGGAUUGAAUUCACGAAGCUUAAAGGUAUUACAGUUCAAGGAACAGGCACCAUUGAUGGGAGUGGUUCAGUAUGGUGGCAAGAUUACCCAUUUGAUGAUCCUUUAGAUGAUGAGACAAAACUCAUUAUCCCACUAAACAACACAGUAGAAGAACACCCACCAAUACCGAUAAGAAAUGAAUUCAGUAAGAAAAUGCCAAGCAUCAAGCCUACAGCAUUAAGAUUUUAUGGAAGUUUCAAUGCUACGGUAUCAGGCAUUACAAUUCAAAACAGUCCCCAGUGCCAUCUCAAGUUCGACAACUGCAUGGGAGUGGUGGUACAUGAUAUAAGCAUCUCAUCACCCGGUGACAGUCCUAAUACGGAUGGAAUCCACCUACAGAACACCAAAGAUGUGCUAGUUCACAGCAGUAAUCUUGCUUGCGGAGAUGACUGCAUUUCCAUACAGACUGGAUGCUCAAAUGUAUACGUACACAAUGUGAAUUGUGGGCCAGGACAUGGAAUCAGCAUUGGAAGUCUGGGAAAGGAUAAUACCAAAGCCUGUGUCUCCAACAUCACUGUUCGAGAUGUCAUGAUGCACAAUACAAUGACUGGGGUUAGAAUUAAGACAUGGCAGGGUGGAUCAGGCUCGGUACAGGGGGUACUCUUCUCGAACAUUCAAGUUUCUGAGGUUCAACUUCCAAUUGUUAUUGACCAAUUCUAUUGCGACAAAAGAACAUGCAAAAACCAAACGUCAGCUGUGGCUCUAUCAGGAAUCAAUUAUGAAAAAAUUAGAGGGACAUACACAGUAAAGCCUGUACACUUUGCCUGCAGUGAUGCCCUGCCAUGUCUAGACGUAAGCCUAACCACCAUAGAGCUAAAACCAUUGCAAGAACACUAUCAUAUGUAUGAUCCCUUCUGUUGGCAAACUUUUGGAGAGUUGAAUACUCCUACUACCCCUCCAAUUGACUGUCUACAGAUUGGUAAGCCAUCAAGCAACCGGCCUCAGUCAGAUCAUGAUGCCUGCUGAGCUUCACACUUUCACCCACUUUAUUAUGGUGUAUUGACUUGUGUGGUCGGCAUGAUUUCCCAACCCCUAUCACACCAUUGCUUAUUAGGUAAAGGAUAUAUAUAUAAUUUAGGCAGUCCUAUUUUAAAAGAAUUCUUCUUCAGCAGGAUUACAUUGAAUACGAUUGUGUGAGUGUACAGGCAGUAUUAUGAGUUAGAGUCUGAUAGUAGAGUAUUAGGUAGUCUUGUUUCCCAUAAUGGAUUGUUUAGUUGUGAGAGAGUAUACUAAGUGCUUGAUUGCUGGGUGUGCAAUAAAUAAUUAUCAUCAAUGAAAAUUCGAAAUUUCAAUGUCA